AUGUUCAAGGCAAGAGAAGUAAUUGACGACAACAACGAUCGUGCUGAGCUCACCGAAACUGUCGCAAAUGUGUCAAUCACCAUCCAGGAUGUGAAUGACGAGCCUCCACGGUUUUCUCAGAAAGAAUUCCAAGCUCGAAUUCCUGAGAAUGCGGCUCUUGGCACGCCACUCGUCGGGCUGGAUAUCCGUGUGUCGGACUCAGAUAAUGGCCCGCAUUCCAUGUUCAAUUUGGAACUCCGAGACCCCAGCGGAUUUUUCUCUCUGGAACCAUCACGAGGCGCUGGAUCAGUGGCUGCGUCAAUUCGUUUGAUGAAAACCCCGUUGGAUUACGAAGAUCCAAACCAGAGGAAGUUUGUCCUCAUCCUUACAGCACGGGAAAACGGAACACAGCAGCUCUUGUCUUCCACUGCUUCCGUGAUUGUUUCCGUCAUCGACGUGAAUGACAACCGCCCCGUUUUCUCGAGUUCUAUGUACACCGCUACAAUUUCCGAAUCUGCCGUGGGUGGAACAACUGUAACGACCGUGGCAGCGACUGACUCAGAUUCUGGAGACUUUGGUGUCCAGUCGCUGCGAUAUUCUCUGUCAGGAAUCGGCGCCGAAUUGUUUAGCAUCGACGAAGCGACAGGAACGAUUGUUGUUGCUCAGUGUUCUUCGCCUGGAGUAGAACCGUGUGCUGAUUUUGAAACGAGAUCCAACUAUUUUCUUCACGUGCAAGCUGCUGAUGAGUCCGGACGCGGGUUCAAAGCUUUUGCGUCCUUGAAAAUUGCUUUGGCUGAUAGCAACGACAACCCGCCGAUUUUUGAAAAGCGGAAAUAUGAGGCCAGAAUCCGUGAAGGAGAAAAACAGCCAAGCAUGCUGGUGAAAGCGACCGACGCGGAUGUAACCAGCGAAGUGAUUUAUUCGCUGAAAUCAAUUGGAGCUGAUGUUGACGACGAAGGAUCCGGUUUGAACAUUUUCACGGUGAACGAAAGAACUGGCAAGAUAACCGUCGUGAAUCAAACUUCGGGGGCAGUACUGCCAAGCCACAUGAGAGGACACAAGGUAUUUCUCGUUUUAAGUGCAACAGACGGGAUUCAUAAAGACUCUUGUGAAGUGGAAAUCGUGAUUGAAGACACCAACAACAACGAACCGGUAUUUUCUUUGAGUCGGUACGAGGUUACGCUACCAGAAGGCACUAAAGUAGGAGAAAAUAUAAUUGCGACAUUAGCGGAAGAUGCUGAUGUUGGAAACAAUGCCGCAAUUCAAUAUCGUCUUCAUUCUGGCGCCUUCGGGGAUUUUGAAAUUAAUCCUGAGUCUGGAGUGGUUACACUUGUGAAGAAGUUGAAUUUUGAAAGGCAUCCGGAGUACAAUAUGGUGAUCCUUGCGGUUGAUCAAGGUACUCAUCCGUUGACUGGAACAGCGACUCUGGUAGUUGAAGUGAUCAGUAAUACGCAAGUGUUACCAGUUUUUUAUCCCAUGGUGCAGAGGUUUUCCGUCCACGAGGAUAUUGAGCAAAGAAUAAUUGAGGUUACGGUGGUUGAUGUGAAUGACGAUCCCCCGGUUUUUAUUGAUGACGAUGGCACUGGGGAAUACAAGAUGAAAGUGCAGGAGGGGCUUCCGUCUGGAACAUUGUUGAGACGAUUCUUGGCUGUUGAUAGGGAUUCGGCUAUUUCGCAUUACACGCUUCGUCUGCCUCCAAACUCACCCGAGUAUUUUGUUGUUGACGAAAAGUCAGGCAAGUUUUCCUCCUGCAUUACUUACUUUUUAUCCUUUUUAUUGGGUGUCAAAAAAAAACCGAGCUGUGGCAAAGUCGGCCAGUUAAUGACUGGGUCGUCCGAACUCGAUUUCGAGACAACGGAAGAAGUGGAAUUUGAGCUUGAAGUUUUUGACUCUGGCAUGCCACAACUCUCCGCUACACUAAAAGUACUCGUGGAGCUUUUGAAUGUGAACGACGAGUCUCCUGUCUUUUCACUCGCGAAGUAUGAAGUCGAAAUAAAAGAGAACGCAGGUCGCAGCUCUCCCGUGGCCAUGGUUGAAGCCACAGACAAGGACAAAGGAGAGUUUGGUGUAGUCGCAUAUGGACUUUCUGGUGAUCUGGCGAGAGAUUUUCAGAUUGAUGGGAGUGGAACUAUCACCGUGGUCAAUGCUGCUUUACUUGACCGUGAAGUGUCCUCCACUUUAACGGUUUAUGCCACUGCAACGGACGGUAAAAACGUUGCCACUGUACCAGUGAUUCUCACAUUGCUGGACGACAAUGACAACCCUCCCGUGUUCGAUCGUCGAGAAUACGAAGUAACUGUUGAAGACCGAGUUUCCGUGGAGUCUCCGGCGGUGCUCAUUCGUGUGCAAGCCUCUGACCCUGAUGAAGGCCUUGGGGGCUCAUUACUGUACUCGAUUGUCAGUGGCAACACCGACGAUGCCUUCCAGUUGGACCCCAUUAAAGGAUUUUUGCGGGCGUCCGGAAAGCAUCCGUUAUGGAACUUGCCCUCAAAACCUGAAAUCGUCGAGCUUAAGGUCCGUGUGAGAGAUGGAGCUGGUCAUGGCCCAUUCUUUGACGAAACCAUUGUCCGCCUCCAUUUGCGGAAAUCCAACCGCUACCGCCCAGUCUUCGUUAGACCAACAACACCCAAUCUAGUGAUCCGCCUGACGGAAAAUGAGGCAGCUCGAACACUUUAUAUGUUUUUGGCAGAAGACGCCGAUGGCAAUGAUACCCGGAAUGGUCUAGUGUCGUACCACUUGAAAACUGGGAGUGAAAAUGUGCAAGAGGUUGGCCCAUUCUUCAUGGUUGAAUCAACGGGGGAGCUAUCGUUAGAAAGGAGCUUGGAUAGAGAAGCCGAGUCAGAAUUCAAAUUGAUCGUCGUGGCCCAAGAUGGCGGCGGACCUUUGCCACUGGAAACAUUGCUGCCUGUUUCUGUGAUUGUUGAAGACGUGAAUGACAACGACCCGGUUUUCGAACCGAAUUCGCUGGAGUUGGAAGGAAAUAACGAUUAUUUGACGCAUUUGUUUGAAGUUUCGGAAGGGGCUGCCAUCGGAACCAUCGUUGGGGUUUUGGAAGCCGAAGACGCGGACGAAGGGAAAAACGCGCGGAUAUUCUAUCAUUUGGUUGCCAGAGAUUCGGCGAAGAAGAAGAAAUUUGCGGUGGAUCUGAUUCGUGGGGAGAUAGUUUGUCUGAAGGCAUUGGACAGAGAAGAAAAGAGCGAGUAUGAAAUGGUUGUUCUUGCUUCGAACUCGCCCGAGUUUCCUGCCAUGUGGCGCAACUUGACGUAUGGUGAUAUUUUUAAUGACACGAAAAAUCACAGCCCAUCGUUGGCGUUUGUGAGGAUUAAUAUCUUGGAUCUCAACGACAACGCGCCGAAAUUCGCCAAGAAGAUGUAUUAUGCUGCAAUCCCAACGAAGGCGGGAGUCGGUUACUCCUUCAUGAAGUUGAAAGCUCGUGAUCCCGACUUCGGCAUCAACGGAACUGUGACUUACCGCAUCAGUUCAUCGAAUCUACACCGCGUCGGUUCCAACGACUCUCUUGGAUCCGUAGUUCCGUCGCCUUUUGCAAUCAAUUCCGUGACAGGGGAACUUUCCACGAGCAUUUUGGUUGAAGAAUUUAGAGCGGACUGGUUUCUCCUUGAAAUUGCCGCAAAAGAAAUUGCUGAACCUUUCCGAGUAGCCACGUGCUUUGUUGAAGUGUGGUUUCACAAGGAAGAGCAAGUUAUUCGUGUUGUGAUGGCGAAGGCGCCUGAAGAAGUGGCCACUGAGGAAGUGCAAGGUGGGGUUGUCGGGGAAUUGAGUCGGCUGAGUGGGGCUCAGCUCGUUCCUGCGGGCUUGAGGCAUCAUAUUGACCAGUAUAAUCAUCUUCAGCCAUCCUGGACGGACUUGGCAGUGAUAGCAGUUCAUCCACAAAAACGUGUCUUAAUGGAUGUCUCGGAAAUACUUUUUGCUGUCGACACAAAUUACGAUUUCUUGAGGCAGCACUACCAAGAUUACAGCAUCGAAAAUGUCGUGCCUGCUGUGGAGCCGGUAAAAACGAGUAUGGAAGAGCUGAAGCCGAUGGAAAUUCUUUUGAUUGCUCUCGUUUUAGUUUUGAUUAUUGGCUUGAUAACGGCUAUCUCAGUUUGCUGUUGCCUCAAGCACUGGGUUCCGAAGCCAUCCAAGGAAUACAGUGACAAAGUUGGCAUUAUCCCACCGCUCCCAGAGCCAGAAAAUGGAACCACGAAUCCUUUGUGGCUUGGUAGUAACGCAACAUUACCAAUGAGCCCCAGUAAGAUCUACGAAGAACAGGAGUUGACCAUGCAAGUUAGCCCUGGUCAAGAUCCUAAUUUACAUAACAACCACGCGCCAUCUCCAACCGAUGUACACAGCAAUGUGUAUGCUGCCAUUGAAGCAGACGGGGACGUUUCGAGAGAUAACGGAGAUACAAGGGAUUCCAGCACGAACCCAGAAGACACAAUGUACUUGGGAGAGUAUGCCACUUUGAGGAAUAGCCCGCCAAUACCUUGGCAGGGACCAAGAAUACCCGGCAUGGGCAGUACGUUUCCGUACGAAGAUAUGCCUUCGUGGGUCGACAGGAGCUUCAACGGACCGAUGGGUCGGAACGGUAACAGUGACCCACCAGUCAUUGUGGGAGAACUUCUUGAUUGA